AUCUUUAGUUAAAUUCAAAAGUUAUUUUUUUAUUACUAAUAUAUCAGAAUAAUUAAACAUCUAGGUUGUUAUAAACUUGUAUUUCCUUGGAACAAACAAUUUUGUUUACCCAGUUCAACACAUAAUAUAAACGGGAGGAAAUUUGAAAAAAUACAAAGACAAACAAAUAACGCAGCCUGCGCUCGCAAUCCGACGAAAUGUAUGAUGUCAACAAACAAUAAGACAUACUUUGUAAAGCAGUCGUGGUUAAUUAAUAACCCGUUUGUAAACAAUUAUAAUUGGCUACGUAAUCAAUCGACUGGAGUCAACUGUGUAUAUAGCGAGUCGUACAUAAUUUCAAUCGUCUCGCGCAUUUUCGCGGCGAUGGUCGUGUAAAUGACAUCAUGCAUUUAAACAAUUUUAUAAUUUCUUGCUUUUUAUUUUCAUUUUGUUUGUGCGAUGAAAGUGUCGACAAAAAUGACAAGUUGUUGAAUGGGUUCAUCGAUUAUUUGAAUAAUUUGCCGAAUCAGCCGUAUGUUUACGAAGAUGGUGUGCUGGUACAUACGCAAAAGACCGAUGAAAAUUGCUACAGAAUUGAAGCAAGACUUAAGGCAAGUGAGACUCAUAAUGUAGAAGCAUAUAAGUAUGUGAAAUGUUCAGGCACUGUGAUAGAGCUGGAAAAUGAAGUAGUUGUGCAGGAUAAUCAGUAUAACUGUGAAGAUGCUGAGCCUGAGGCAACAGAUGGCAGUGUGGCUGGGAAUCUUGAAGAGGUGGUCUCAGAAUCAGCAGACAGUACCCCAGAACCACAAGCACAUAGACCUAUACAGCUUGACAAUGAGGUCAGACCUAAUAUUGAAGCUACGUCAGGAGAACAGUUCGUUGCUAUACCACGAGAAGAACCCAUUCAUCGCGGUGACGUAGGCUGCAUAGGGUGCGGUUCUCAUAUAGAUCCACAGGCAGCUGGCGUAAAUGAAUUAGCCGCUAUAGGUGUGAAGCAGCUCGACAGACAUGACCCUACUGUUAGGCACAGUCUUAACAGCGUUCUUGAUGUGGAAAGACAAGUUCAGGUGGUGAAUGGUGUUCGGUACAUACUCACCGUUACUGUGAGCUACAACAACUGUACAUCUGCGCCAGACGAGUCUUGUGAUUUCGUAGUACCAUGUAAGAUUUCUAUAUUGGAAAAACCAUGGAUAAAAUUACCUGAUGGUUCUAAAUAUAGAGCAGUAGUCGCUAAUAACUGUACAGAUAAGUGGCUAUUUGGUGAUGAUGGAGAAGUGAUACUUGAAAGACCUGAUGGAAAUAAAGAAAACAAUAAUAUUAAUAUUAAUCAAAAUACUGAUAAAGUGGUAGAUUCAGAUAAGCCGACUCCUGAUUAUGACAAAAAUACAAACACUGUAUCUGCUGACGAUAUAGUUAAGGCUGUACAUACAGACGUUUUACAAUCAAAAAUAGACCAAAGGAUGUUAUCUGCAGACGAAUUAAAUAAAUUGGAGGAACAGAUUAUUCCCUAUAAUGAAUUACAAAUAUCUACUGUACCUUAUGAUGUGAUUACAGAAACAUCUGAAAUUUCCGAUAUUCAUAAACAGCACGAGCUUGAUCUGGAAAGUGGGAAACUCUAUCGCGAAAGUCCACAAACAGAUGUAAAUUCACCUAAAACUUUAACUCAGGAUAAGAAAAAAGCUAUUGACGAUUUAAUAAAUUUUUUCGAAUUUGCAGGCAUUAAUGCUAAUGCGGACAAAACAAAAAAAAAAAUCUCAAGGAUGAAGAGGAGCUAUGAUUAUGAUUUACAAGAUGUUAUUACCGCAGAAGAGGAAGUUGACCAUAGUCAACAUUUCUUUUAUGUGCAAGCUCGUAUAAUUAUACCAUGUGAAAAUGCCGAAUGUGAGAAUACUAGAACAAAAAUUUGUAAUGCUGUUGUUGAUAGUUCGCAAGAAUAUAGCCCACAUAUACUAAACACUUUUUGUUACGAUGAAAAGAAGAUAAUGACUAAUCUUAAUAUUGUUCAUGAGAUUCCACUAAAUGAUCCAUUACUCCAGAAAAAAGUGAAUAGUGCUUUAAAAAAAAUCGAAUCUAAAUCAUCUUCCACAAAUGCCAUGAAAAUAAGCAAAAUCAUAUAUGCUAAUACUCAGAAGUCGCUUGGAACAUUAACAAAAUUCGGUGUAUUACUUUCGUAUACAAAUUGCAACAAAAUACUUCCUCUUAUUAAAAGGUUUAAUUGUUCUGUAUUGGAAUAUUUAGGAACCAAUGUAUGUGAUAUUGACAUUUUAGAGAGGCAUUGGUUGAAGGAAAAAAAAAUAUCUUUCUUAUGUACGGAGCGACCUGUCGAUAAAAGUUACAUUAAUACGAAAUUAUCGAGUAACAAUAAAUAUGCUGAUGACCCGAAUGUGCUUGAUUUCGUCCAGGAAGCAUUGCUGUAUUUAGAAGGACAGUCUAAUAGAAAUAGUAAACAAACGGUUAUUGAAAUUAAAUCAGUAUCAACUAAACUUAUUGCCGGUCUUUUAACAACUAUAAAUUUCGUAGUUGCAUAUACGAAAUGCAAUAAAGCAUAUAAAGAUGAUAUUCAUUCUUGUGAACUUUUAGAAAAUGAUUUCCCUAGACAAUGUCAAGUACAGAUAUGGCACAGACCGUGGUUAGAAAAUGGAAGAAAAAUGAAUGUAUCUUGUGAUAAUGAUCCUAAUUAUAUAAAUAAUACUGAAAUUUCAAAAUCAAGAAAUAAAAGGUCCUUGAACUUUGUUGGAGGAAAACACACACAAGAUCUAGAAGAUCCAGUAUACAUGUCAUUAGCUGAAGAAUCAAUAAAAAAGUACUUACAAGUAAUUAAUACCACGCAACAUUACAAAAUUAUUCAGAUUCUGAAAGCAUCUACUCAAAUCGUAUCAGGUAUAUCGACAGAGAUUGAUUUUAAGGCUUCCCCUACAAAUUGUCAAAUAGAAUUAAUUGCGGAAGAAUCAAAUCAGAAUAGAAAUUGCUUAGUAGAUUUUGCUGAUACUCUAAAAUGUAAUUCGAAAAUAUUAGAGCAAUCAUGGAACAAAAUAAAAGAUAUUACUGUCUCAUGUAAAGCUUUAAAUGCUAACUCGAGGAUUAAGCGACAAAAAGGUAGUCAGCGAGAAAAAGAUCCCAAUAAUGCAGAAUAUAAAUUACUAGCAGAAGAAUCGUUGCAAAAAUACAUUGACAUGUCGGGUGUCGUUCAACAACAUAAAAUUACAAAAAUUGAGAAGGUAACAGUGCAAGUAGUUUCUGGCACUUUGACGCGUAUAGAUUUCACAGCAUCUCCAACCUCGUGUCUUAUAGAGAGUGUUUCUGUAUCACCUUCUAUUCAGUGUGACUUAAACAGUGAAGUUAUAAUAAAUUGUCAUUCAGAAAUUUGGGAACAACCAUGGUUGAACAAAAAAGACAUAGACGUAACUUGUCAAGUUCCUAAUCAGAAUAGAUCAAACAGACAAGCUUUAGCUGGUGGAAUAUCGGCAGCAGAUCCAAAUGAUCCUCAAUAUAAAACGUUGGCUGAAGAAUCUUUGCAAAAAUAUCUUCUUACUUCUGGAACUACUCAGCACCAUAAACUGGUAAAAGUAGACAAAGUGUCUACGCAGGUCGUGUCUGGUUCUCUGACUAGAAUUGACUUUACCAUAUCCCCGACCAAUUGCCAGAUGGAUAACACUGGUAAACCAAGUUCUACUAAUUGCGUUGUAUUGAACUCUGCAGAGGGUAUAAAAUGUCAUUCAGAAAUCUGGGAACAAUCUUGGUUGAAGAAAAAAGACAUAGACGUAACAUGUCAAUUUCCUAAUGAGAAUAGAUCGAAGAGACAAAGUUUACCUGGUGGAAUAUCGGAAGCAGAUCCAAAUGAUCCUCGAUAUAAGACGUUGGCUGAAGAAUCUUUGCAAAAAUAUCUUCUUACUUCUGGAACUACUCAGCACCAUAAACUGGUAAAAGUAGACAAAGUGUCUACGCAGGUCGUGUCUGGUUCUCUGACUAGAAUUGACUUUACCAUAUCCCCGACCAAUUGCCAGUUGGAUAACACUGGUAAACCAAGUUCUACUAAUUGCAUUAUAUUGAAUUCUGCAGAAGGUAUAAAAUGUCAUUCAGAAAUUUGGGAACAAUCAUGGUUGAACAGAAAAGACAUAGACGUAACUUGUCAAGUUCCUAAUCAGAAUAGAUCAAGCAGACAAGCUUUAGCUGGUGGAAUAUCGGCAGCAGAUCCAAAUGAUCCUCAAUAUAAAACGUUGGCUGAAGAAUCUUUGCAAAAAUAUCUUCUUACUUCUGGAACUACUCAGCACCAUAAACUGGUAAAAGUAGACAAAGUGUCUACGCAGGUCGUGUCUGGUUCUCUGACUAGAAUUGACUUUACCAUAUCCCCGACCAAUUGCCAGAUGGAUAACACUGGUAAACCAAGUUCUACUAAUUGCGUUGUAUUGAACUCUGCAGAGGGUAUAAAAUGUCAUUCAGAAAUCUGGGAACAAUCUUGGUUGAAGAAAAAAGACAUAGACGUAACAUGUCAAUUUCCUAAUGAGAAUAGAUCGAAGAGACAAAGUUUAACUGGUGGAAUAUCGGAAGUAGAUCCAAAUGAUCCUCGAUAUAAGACGUUGGCUGAAGAAUCUUUGCAAAAAUAUCUUCUUACUUCUGGAACUACUCAGCACCAUAAACUGGUAAAAGUAGACAAAGUGUCUACGCAGGUCGUGUCUGGUUCUCUGACUAGAAUUGACUUUACCAUAUCCCCGACCAAUUGCCAGUUGGAUAACACUGGUAAACCAAGUUCUACUAAUUGCAUUGUAUUGAAUUCUGCAGAGGGUAUAAAAUGUCAUUCAGAAAUUUGGGAACAAUCAUGGUUGAACAAAAAAGACAUAGACGUAACUUGUCAAGUUCCUAAUCAGAAUAGAUCAAAGAGACAAGCUUUAUUUGGUGGAAUAUCGGAAGCAGAUCCAAAUGAUCCUCAAUAUAAAAUGUUGGCUGAAGAAUCUUUGCAAAAAUAUCUUCUUACUUCUGGAACUACUCAGCACCAUAAACUGGUAAAAGUAGACAAAGUGUCUACGCAGGUCGUGUCUGGUUCUCUGACUAGAAUUGACUUUACCAUAUCCCCGACCAAUUGCCAGUUGGAUAACACUGAAGGUAUAAAAUGUCAUUCAGAAAUUUGGGAACAAUCAUGGUUGAACAAAAAAGACAUAGACGUAACUUGUCAAGUUCCUAAUCAGAAUAGAUCAAACAGACAAGCUUUAGCUGGUGGAAUAUCGGCAGCAGAUCCAAAUGAUCCUCAAUAUAAAACGUUGGCUGAAGAAUCUUUGCAAAAAUAUCUUCUUACUUCUGGAACUACUCAGCACCAUAAACUGGUAAAAGUAGACAAAGUGUCUACGCAGGUCGUGUCUGGUUCUCUGACUAGAAUUGACUUUACCAUAUCCCCGACCAAUUGCCAGAUGGAUAACACUGAGGGUAUAAAAUGUCAUUCAGAAAUCUGGGAACAAUCUUGGUUGAAGAAAAAAGACAUAGACGUAACAUGUCAAUUUCCUAAUGAGAAUAGAUCGAAGAGACAAAGUUUACCUGGUGGAAUAUCGGAAGCAGAUCCAAAUGAUCCUCGAUAUAAGACGUUGGCUGAAGAAUCUUUGCAAAAAUAUCUUCUUACUUCUGGAACUACUCAGCACCAUAAACUGGUAAAAGUAGACAAAGUGUCUACGCAGGUCGUGUCUGGUUCUCUGACUAGAAUUGACUUUACCAUAUCCCCGACCAAUUGCCAGUUGGAUAACACUGAGGGUAUAAAAUGUCAUUCAGAAAUUUGGGAACAAUCAUGGUUGAACAAAAAAGACAUAGACGUAACUUGUCAAUUUCCUAAUGAGAAUAGAUCGAAGAGACAAAGUUUACCUGGUGGAAUAUCGGAAGCAGAUCCAAAUGAUCCUCGAUACAAGACGUUGGCUGAAGAAUCUUUGCAAAAAUAUCUUCUUACUUCUGGAACUACUCAGCACCAUAAACUGGUAAAAGUAGACAAAGUGUCUACGCAGGUCGUGUCUGGUUCUCUGACUAGAAUUGACUUUACCAUAUCCCCGACCAAUUGCCAGUUGGAUAACACUGGUAAACCAAGUUCUACUAAUUGCGUUGUAUUGAACUCUGCAGAGGGUAUAAAAUGUAAGUCAAAAAUCUGGGAACAAUCUUGGUUGAAGAAAAAAGACAUAGACGUAACAUGUCAAUUUCCUAAUGAGAAUAGAUCGAAGAGACAAAGUUUAACUGGUGGAAUAUCGGAAGCAGAUCCAAAUGAUCCUCGAUAUAAGACGUUGGCUGAAGAAUCUUUGCAAAAAUAUCUUCUUACUUCUGGAACUACUCAGCACCAUAAACUGGUAAAAGUAGACAAAGUGUCUACGCAGGUCGUGUCUGGUUCUCUGACUAGAAUUGACUUUACCAUAUCCCCGACCAAUUGCCAGAUGGAUAACACUGGUAAACCAAGUUCUACUAAUUGCGUUGUAUUGAACUCUGCAGAGGGUAUAAAAUGUCAUUCAGAAAUCUGGGAACAAUCUUGGUUGAAGAAAAAAGACAUAGACGUAACAUGUCAAUUUCCUAAUGAGAAUAGAUCGAAGAGACAAAGUUUACCUGGUGGAAUAUCGGAAGCAGAUCCAAAUGAUCCUCGAUAUAAGACGUUGGCUGAAGAAUCUUUGCAAAAAUAUCUUCUUACUUCUGGAACUACUCAGCACCAUAAACUGGUAAAAGUAGACAAAGUGUCUACGCAGGUCGUGUCUGGUUCUCUGACUAGAAUUGACUUUACCAUAUCCCCGACCAAUUGCCAGUUGGAUAACACUGGUAAACCAAGUUCUACUAAUUGCGUUGUAUUGAACUCUGCAGAGGGUAUAAAAUGUAAGUCAAAAAUCUGGGAACAAUCUUGGUUGAAGAAAAAAGACAUAGACGUAACAUGUCAAUUUCCUAAUGAGAAUAGAUCGAAGAGACAAAGUUUAACUGGUGGAAUAUCGGAAGCAGAUCCAAAUGAUCCUCAAUAUAAAAUGUUGGCUGAAGAAUCUUUGCAAAAAUAUCUUCUUACUUCUGGAACUACUCAGCACCAUAAACUGGUAAAAGUAGACAAAGUGUCUACGCAGGUCGUGUCUGGUUCUCUGACUAGAAUUGACUUUACCAUAUCCCCGACCAAUUGCCAGUUGGAUAACACUGAAGGUAUAAAAUGUCAUUCAGAAAUUUGGGAACAAUCAUGGUUGAACAAAAAAGACAUAGACGUAACUUGUCAAUUUCCUAAUGAGAAUAGAUCGAAGAGACAAAGUUUACCUGGUGGAAUAUCGGAAGCAGAUCCAAAUGAUCCUCGAUACAAGACGUUGGCUGAAGAAUCUUUGCAAAAAUAUCUUCUUACUUCUGGAACUACUCAGCACCAUAAACUGGUAAAAGUAGACAAAGUGUCUACGCAGGUCGUGUCUGGUUCUCUGACUAGAAUUGACUUUACCAUAUCCCCGACCAAUUGCCAGAUGGAUAACACUGAGGGUAUAAAAUGUCAUUCAGAAAUCUGGGAACAAUCUUGGUUGAAGAAAAAAGACAUAGACGUAACAUGUCAAUUUCCUAAUGAGAAUAGAUCGAAGAGACAAAGUUUACCUGGUGGAAUAUCGGAAGCAGAUCCAAAUGAUCCUCGAUAUAAGACGUUGGCUGAAGAAUCUUUGCAAAAAUAUCUUCUUACUUCUGGAACUACUCAGCACCAUAAACUGGUAAAAGUAGAUAAAGUGUCUACGCAGGUCGUGUCUGGUUCUCUGACUAGAAUUGACUUUACCAUAUCCCCGACCAAUUGCCAGUUGGAUAACACUGAAGGUAUAAAAUGUCAUUCAGAAAUUUGGGAACAAUCAUGGUUGAACAAAAAAGACAUAGACGUAACUUGUCAAUUUCCUAAUGAGAAUAGAUCGAAGAGACAAAGUUUACCUGGUGGAAUAUCGGAAGCAGAUCCAAAUGAUCCUCGAUACAAGACGUUGGCUGAAGAAUCUUUGCAAAAAUAUCUUCUUACUUCUGGAACUACUCAGCACCAUAAACUGGUAAAAGUAGACAAAGUGUCUACGCAGGUCGUGUCUGGUUCUCUGACUAGAAUUGACUUUACCAUAUCCCCGACCAAUUGCCAAGGGUAUAAAAUGUCAUUCAAAAUCUGGGAACAAUCUUGGUUGAAGAAAAAAGACAUAGACGUAACAUGUCAAUUUCCUAAUGAGAAUAGAUCGAAGAGACAAAGUUUACCUGGUGGAAUAUCGGAAGCAGAUCCAAAUGAUCCUCGAUAUAAGACGUUGGCUGAAGAAUCUUUGCAAAGUUGGCUGAAGAAUCUUUGCAAAAAUAUCUACGGAACUACUCAGCACCAUAAACUGGUAAAAGUAGACAAAGUGUCUACGCAGGUGUGUCUUUCUCUGACUAGAAUUGACUUUACCAUAUCCCCGACCAAUUGCCAGUUGGAUAACACUGGUAAACCAAGUUCUACUAAUUGCGUUUCAAAAAUCUGGGAACAAUCUUGGUUGAAGAAAAAAGACAUAGACGUAACUUGUCAAUUUCCUAAUGAGAAUAGAUCGAAGAGACAAAGUUUACCUGGUGGAAUAUCGGAAGCAGAUCCAAAUGAUCCUCGAUAUAAGACGUUGGCUGAAGAAUCUUUGCAAAAAUAUCUUCUUACUUCUGGAACUACUCAGCACCAUAAACUGGUAAAAGUAGACAAAGUGUCUACGCAGGUUGUGUCUGGUUCUCUGACUAGAAUUGACUUUACCAUAUCCCCGACCAAUUGCCAGUUGGAUAACACUGGUAAACCAAGUUCUACUAAUUGCGUUGUAUUGAACUCUGCAGAGGGUAUAAAAUGUAAGUCAAAAAUCUGGGAACAAUCUUGGUUGAAGAAAAAAGACAUAGACGUAACAUGUCAAUUUCCUAAUGAGAAUAGAUCGAAGAGACAAAGUUUAACUGGUGGAAUAUCGGAAGCAGAUCCAAAUGAUCCUCAAUAUAAAAUGUUGGCUGAAGAAUCUUUGCAAAAAUAUCUUCUUACUUCUGGAACUACUCAGCACCAUAAACUGGUAAAAGUAGACAAAGUGUCUACGCAGGUCGUGUCUGGUUCUCUGACUAGAAUUGACUUUACCAUAUCCCCGACCAAUUGCCAGAUGGAUAACACUGAGGGUAUAAAAUGUCAUUCAGAAAUCUGGGAACAAUCUUGGUUGAAGAAAAAACACAUAGACGUAACAUGUCAAUUUCCUAAUGAGAAUAGAUCGAAGAGACAAAGUUUACCUGGUGGAAUAUCGGAAGCAGAUCCAAAUGAUCCUCGAUAUAAGACGUUGGCUGAAGAAUCUUUGCAAAAAUAUCUUCUUACUUCUGGAACUACUCAGCACCAUAAACUGGUAAAAGUAGACAAAGUGUCUACGCAGGUCGUGUCUGGUUCUCUGACUAGAAUUGACUUUACCAUAUCCCCGACCAAUUGCCAGUUGGAUAACACUGAGGGUAUAAAAUGUCAUUCAGAAAUUUGGGAACAAUCAUGGUUGAACAAAAAAGACAUAGACGUAACUUGUCAAUUUCCUAAUGAGAAUAGAUCGAAGAGACAAAGUUUACCUGGUGGAAUAUCGGAAGCAGAUCCAAAUGAUCCUCGAUACAAGACGUUGGCUGAAGAAUCUUUGCAAAAAUAUCUUCUUACUUCUGGAACUACUCAGCACCAUAAACUGGUAAAAGUAGACAAAGUGUCUACGCAGGUCGUGUCUGGUUCUCUGACUAGAAUUGACUUUACCAUAUCCCCGACCAAUUGCCAGUUGGAUAACACUGAGGGUAUAAAAUGUAAGUCAAAAAUCUGGGAACAAUCUUGGUUGAAGAAAAAAGACAUAGACGUAACAUGUCAAUUUCCUAAUGAGAAUAGAUCGAAGAGACAAAGUUUAACUGGUGGAAUAUCGGAAGCAGAUCCAAAUGAUCCUCAAUAUAAAAUGUUGGCUGAAGAAUCUUUGCAAAAAUAUCUUCUUACUUCUGGAACUACUCAGCACCAUAAACUGGUAAAAGUAGACAAAGUGUCUACGCAGGUCGUGUCUGGUUCUCUGACUAGAAUUGACUUUACCAUAUCCCCGACCAAUUGCCAGUUGGAUAACACUGAGGGUAUAAAAUGUCAUUCAGAAAUUUGGGAACAAUCAUGGUUGAACAAAAAAGACAUAGACGUAACUUGUCAAUUUCCUAAUGAGAAUAGAUCGAAGAGACAAAGUUUACCUGGUGGAAUAUCGGAAGCAGAUCCAAAUGAUCCUCGAUACAAGACGUUGGCUGAAGAAUCUUUGCAAAAAUAUCUUCUUACUUCUGGAACUACUCAGCACCAUAAACUGGUAAAAGUAGACAAAGUGUCUACGCAGGUCGUGUCUGGUUCUCUGACUAGAAUUGACUUUACCAUAUCCCCGACCAAUUGCCAGUUGGAUAACACUGAGGGUAUAAAAUGUAAGUCAAAAAUCUGGGAACAAUCUUGGUUGAAGAAAAAAGACAUAGACGUAACAUGUCAAUUUCCUAAUGAGAAUAGAUCGAAGAGACAAAGUUUAACUGGUGGAAUAUCGGAAGCAGAUCCAAAUGAUCCUCAAUAUAAAAUGUUGGCUGAAGAAUCUUUGCAAAAAUAUCUUCUUACUUCUGGAACUACUCAGCACCAUAAACUGGUAAAAGUAGACAAAGUGUCUACGCAGGUCGUGUCUGGUUCUCUGACUAGAAUUGACUUUACCAUAUCCCCGACCAAUUGCCAGUUGGAUAACACUGAAGGUAUAAAAUGUCAUUCAGAAAUUUGGGAACAAUCAUGGUUGAACAAAAAAGACAUAGACGUAACUUGUCAAUUUCCUAAUGAGAAUAGAUCGAAGAGACAAAGUUUACCUGGUGGAAUAUCGGAAGCAGAUCCAAAUGAUCCUCGAUACAAGACGUUGGCUGAAGAAUCUUUGCAAAAAUAUCUUCUUACUUCUGGAACUACUCAGCACCAUAAACUGGUAAAAGUAGACAAAGUGUCUACGCAGGUCGUGUCUGGUUCUCUGACUAGAAUUGACUUUACCAUAUCCCCGACCAAUUGCCAGUUGGAUAACACUGAGGGUAUAAAAUGUAAGUCAAAAAUCUGGGAACAAUCUUGGUUGAAGAAAAAAGACAUAGACGUAACUUGUCAAUUUCCUAAUGAGAAUAGAUCGAAGAGACAAAGUUUACCUGGUGGAAUAUCGGAAGCAGAUCCAAAUGAUCCUCGAUAUAAGACGUUGGCUGAAGAAUCUUUGCAAAAAUAUCUUCUUACUUCUGGAACUACUCAGCACCAUAAACUGGUAAAAGUAGACAAAGUGUCUACGCAGGUUGUGUCUGGUUCUCUGACUAGAAUUGACUUUACCAUAUCCCCGACCAAUUGCCAGUUGGAUAACACUGAGGGUAUAAAAUGUCAUUCAGAAAUCUGGGAACAAUCUUGGUUGAAGAAAAAAGACAUAGACGUAACAUGUCAAUUUCCUAAUGAGAAUAGAUCGAAGAGACAAAGUUUACCUGGUGGAAUAUCGGAAGCAGAUCCAAAUGAUCCUCGAUAUAAGACGUUGGCUGAAGAAUCUUUGCAAAAAUAUCUUCUUACUUCUGGAACUACUCAGCACCAUAAACUGGUAAAAGUAGACAAAGUGUCUACGCAGGUCGUGUCUGGUUCUCUGACUAGAAUUGACUUUACCAUAUCCCCGACCAAUUGCCAGUUGGAUAACACUGAGAGUAUAAAAUGUCAUUCAGAAAUCUGGGAACAAUCUUGGUUGAAGAAAAAAGACAUAGACGUAACUUGUCAAUUUCCUAAUGAGAAUAGAUCGAAGAGACAAAGUUUACCUGGUGGAAUAUCGGAAGCAGAUCCAAAUGAUCCUCGAUAUAAGACGUUGGCUGAAGAAUCUUUGCAAAAAUAUCUUCUUACUUCUGGAACUACUCAGCACCAUAAACUGGUAAAAGUAGACAAAGUGUCUACGCAGGUCGUGUCUGGUUCUCUGACUAGAAUUGACUUUACCAUAUCCCCGACCAAUUGCCAGUUGGAUAACACUGAGGGUAUAAAAUGUAAGUCAAAAAUCUGGGAACAAUCUUGGUUGAAGAAAAAAGACAUAGACGUAACUUGUCAAUUUCCUAAUGAGAAUAGAUCGAAGAGACAAAGUUUACCUGGUGGAAUAUCGGAAGCAGAUCCAAAUGAUCCUCGAUAUAAGACGUUGGCUGAAGAAUCUUUGCAAAAAUAUCUUCUUACUUCUGGAACUACUCAGCACCAUAAACUGGUAAAAGUAGACAAAGUGUCUACGCAGGUCGUGUCUGGUUCUCUGACUAGAAUUGACUUUACCAUAUCCCCUUCUACUAAUUGCGUUGUAUUGAACUCUGCAGAGGGUAUAAAAUGUAAGUCAAAAAUCUGGGAACAAUCUUGGUUGAAGAAAAAAGACAUAGACGUAACUUGUCAAUUUCCUAAUGAGAAUAGAUCGAAGAGACAAAGUUUACCUGGUGGAAUAUCGGAAGCAGAUCCAAAUGAUCCUCGAUAUAAGACGUUGGCUGAAGAAUCUUUGCAAAAAUAUCUUCUUACUUCUGGAACUACUCAGCACCAUAAACUGGUAAAAGUAGACAAAGUGUCUACGCAGGUUGUGUCUGGUUCUCUGACUAGAAUUGACUUUACCAUAUCCCCGACCAAUUGCCAGUUGGAUAACACUGGUAAACCAAGUUCUACUAAUUGCGUUGUAUUGAACUCUGCAGAGGGUAUAAAAUGUAAGUCAAAAAUCUGGGAACAAUCUUGGUUGAAGAAAAAAGACAUAGACGUAACAUGUCAAUUUCCUAAUGAGAAUAGAUCGAAGAGACAAAGUUUACCUGGUGGAAUAUCGGAAGCAGAUCCAAAUGAUCCUCGAUAUAAGACGUUGGCUGAAGAAUCUUUGCAAAAAUAUCUUCUUACUUCUGGAACUACUCAGCACCAUAAACUGGUAAAAGUGGACAGAGUGUCUACGCAGGUCGUGUCUGGUUCUCUGACUAGAAUUGACUUUACCAUAUCCCCGACCAAUUGCCAGUUGGAUAACACUGGUAAACCAAGUUCUACUAAUUGCGUUGUAUUGAACUCUGCAGAGGGUAUAAAAUGUAAGUCAAAAAUCUGGGAACAAUCUUGGUUGAAGAAAAAAGACAUAGACGUAACUUGUCAAUUUCCUAAUGAGAAUAGAUCGAAGAGACAAACCGCUCCUGGACAAAUAGUUGGACACAAAGGUAAACUAAACAAUGUUAAAAUUAAAGGUGGCAUUAGAGAACAAGAUCCGACUAAACAAAAAUACAAGGAUUUGGCAGAAGACUCAUUACACUAUUAUACACGUUUACAAAACAUUCAAAUUGAAUAUAGGGUGGUAGAAGUAACUAAAGUUAGCACACAAAUUGUGGCGGGUAUUAAGUAUAAAAUAGAUUACACUGCUUCUCCAGCUACAGAUGAUAAAGUGCUACUGUACUGUCAUACUGAAAUAUGGGAUCGUCCAUGGGUACAGACUAAAAAAAAUGAUGUUUCUUGUGAUACAGAUAAUGGAAUUGAAAGCAACGAAAAUGAAAAUUUAAAGAGUAUAUCAAAACGUAGUUUUAGACUAGGCGUACAAGAAAAACAGAGUUUUAAUAGAAAUGAUUAUAGAGAACUAGCUGAGAUAUCUUUAAAGAAAUACAUGAAGCUCUCCAAUAAGAAAUAUCUUCAUAAAGUUAUUAAAAUAAAUGACGUUACUGAGCAAGUUGUUGCAGGAGUGAUAUUUAAUAUUGAAUACUCAAUAUCACCAACUACAUGUUUAUUUGAAGACCACGUAGAUAGUGUUAGCUGCCCAGUACAAGAACCAGAAAUUAUAUUACCCUGUUCUACACAAAUAUGGCAAACACUUGAAUUACCUACUAGUACCGAUGUUAUUACAGUGCAUUGUAAUGAAAAUAAGGAUAAACGUAGAAAACGUAAUAUUGCAUUGGGAGAGAAGAGACAACUUUUAAUCAAUGACGAAGAUUUUGAUGAAGAUUCUAAAUAUUAUUAUGCAGACAGAGCUGUGCAGCAUAUAAAUGAGCAAUCGGAUACAGACAAUUUGUACAAAUUAAUAUCUAUACAUGCUGUACAACAUAGUACACAUAUGAAAACAACAAUGGUACGAAUGUAUAUUGAAACAGCCUUAACAUAUUGUUUAAGACACCAACACGACGAAGAUUUAUACAAAUGUGAUGAGAUGGAAGGAUUAAAACAUAGGUUGUGUCAUGUUCGAUUAUGGCCAACACCUGACGAUGAGCUUGUCGUUCAGCAAGUUGUCACAACAUGUGACGAUGAUAUUAAUUUUGAAAGUGUUAGUGGUUUAUCUAUACAAGAUUUAUUAAAGGCCUCUAUUAAAUACCUGGAAAAAUCCCCCGAUAUUAAGUACAAAAUUGUACAUCAGGGUGAACCUAAUUUAAUUCCUAGUUUAGAUACUUCCCAACCUAUAAAAAUGAACUUUAUAAUUGCAUAUACAAAUUGUACAAAAGAUAUUGAUCUUAAAACACAUUCUAGUAUGUGUUUCUUAGAUUCUAUGAUUUUACCAAAAGCAUGCAAUUCCUUUAUUUGGAUGAUUCCAAAUAGUAAAACCAUAAGAAAAAUUAAUGUGAAAUGUGGCACACCAAACAUCUCUAGAAACAAAAGGUCAGUAUCUCUUGACCCUAAAAAUGCGACUGCAGAUGAGUUACAAAUUCAAAAAAUGGUAACCGAAGCAUUGGAGAAGUUGGAAAUGUCGUCUGUGCACAGGUAUAAACAAAGAGUAUUAAAAAUUAAUAGUUACUCUUCGAAAAUAACAUCGGGUAGGGUGACAACCAUAGAUUUUGAUGUAGGGUAUACAUCGUGUUUAAAAUAUGAAUGGGUAGAAAAUGUAGCGACUUGCGCAUUAUUAGAACAUUUACCUAGACGACACUGUGUUGCCAACAUUUGGGAGCGAUUAUGGAUAGAGAAUAGAAAGAAUAUAGAUGUCAAUUGCGAAGAUGAUGAGACGCCGCUCGAAACGCACGUAGAAUUUGAAAGCGCCGAAACCGCAAUGCAGUUAGCAAAUCGUGCAUUAAGGCAUAUAGAAGCUAAAUACCCAAAUCCUCGGGAACAGAAAGUAGUUAGAAUUUUCUCGCUAGAGAAGCAGAUUAUUGCUGGCAUUCACUACAGAAUGAAAAUUGAAGUUGGUCUUACUAACUGUACAGCAUUUACUUUUGAGAAGAGCUGUUCUCUAGACCCUAAUGCAGGCAUAAAUAAGUUUUGUAGAGUAAACGUAUGGCUUCGCCCAUGGACCAAUCAUCCACCCAACUUCCGCGUUUCCUGUGAUUAUCAGGACGCAGUAAGCACAGAUCUAUACCGCCACAUACAAGCUGAGCAUUUAUUUUAUGCCUUUUUAGGUAAAUAUAAGCCAAAAUACGUUAAUGAUCCCGAUGAAAUGAUGAAGAGAUUCAAGAUUUUCAGAGAAAAUGUUGCGAAAAUUCAUGAACUGAAUACGCAUGAACUGGGCACAGCAAGGUAUGCAGUGACGAGGUUCGCCGAUUUGUCUUAUGAAGAAUUUUCAAGCAAAUAUAUGGGGUUAAAACAUAGUCUAAGAGACGAGAAUCAGAUUCCAAUGAGCGAGGCACACAUUCCUGAUACAUCCAUUCCUGAUAAGUUUGAUUGGAGAGAUUUUGAUGCUGUCACAGAAGUUAAGGAUCAGGGCUCGUGCGGCAGCUGCUGGGCAUUCAGUGUUACAGGAAAUGUGGAGGGACAGUGGAAGUUGCGAUCAGGUAAACUGGUCUCACUGUCAGAACAAGAGUUAGUGGAUUGUGACAAACUUGAUGAAGGCUGCAAUGGGGGAUUGCCAGAUAAUGCCUACAGAGCAAUAGAACAGCUUGGCGGCCUCGAGUUAGAAACCGACUAUCCUUACGAAGGUGCUGAUGAUAAAUGCGUGUUCAACAAGACCCUGGCAAGGGUGCAGAUCAACGGCGCCGUGAAUAUAUCUUCGAACGAAACGGAUAUGGCCAAGUGGCUUGUACAGAACGGCCCUAUAUCUAUUGGUAUAAAUGCCAACGCGAUGCAAUUCUACGUAGGCGGUAUCUCCCAUCCUUGGAAGAUGCUGUGUAAUCCCAAGAAUUUGGACCAUGGGGUGCUUAUCGUUGGGUACGGUGUUAAAGACUAUCCGCUGUUCCACAAGACAAUACCUUACUGGGUGGUGAAGAACUCGUGGGGCAAGUCCUGGGGUGAGCAAGGGUACUACCGGGUCUACCGAGGUGACGGUACCUGCGGACUGAACCAGAUGGCGAGCAGUGCCAUCAUAUAAUAACAUGUAAUAUAUAUAUAUAAAAAAAUUACCUUUACUGACUAUCAACACAGCCAUAACUAAAGUUGAAAUUUUAAGUAUAUUUUGUGACGUGAUCAUCCACUGAAAAAGAAUUUUUGAAUGUUUGCACUUAGGAAUUUCACGCGUGCCGUGGUCGACAGUUAGUAAAGUAAUAUAUGACAAGCAUUGGUUAUUUAGCAAUAGAACAUUCAAUUUCUUGAAGUGAUAUUCAUACCAAAUAUACAUAAAUACAGUAAAAGUCGGGUAUAACGACGGAUCAGUUAUUACGACUAAAUUGCGGGGUUCAGACCGAAUCAAUAAUUUUAUGUAGGUACUGCUUAUAACGAUAAUCUGGAUAUACUGUC